CGCCGCAGAACUCUGUCUUAUUUUCCUUGACUUCCGGGAGCUUUCUUUUGGCAAGCACCGUCGGCGUGCGGAGGUAACGACCUCUUCGGGCGUGGCACUGUGGCCUGCCGUGCUUUUACCUGCCGUGCUGCUUCUUGGGAUGGCCCGUGCCCUCCGCGCUGAGGGCGUCUGAGGGCGCGUUUCAAAGGGCCAAUAGGAGGGUACACCACCACCCUUGCUAGCCGCGGCUAACUCCACUUGUACUCCGUAUUCCGUACACGACCGCCCACUGUAACGUUAGGUCGCGUCAUCCACCUGCAUGUUAUUGAACCCUUCAACACCUCCAAUUCUUCGAGAGAAAGAGCGAACGGCAUCAAGCUGCCUUGGAGCGACAUAUUUCGUGUUUAGGCCACGACGCGCGUUGGGGAAUGGAACCAGCCUCUCAAAUUCGGCCCACUCGACGUCGAGAGCUCAAUCGUAUCCCUCCCUACCUGGGUUGACUCCAACUAUCACUCCGACAACAUUUCGCAAUCGCCGCGUCGCAAUUCCACCUCCAUUUCGCCCACAACCACACGGCAAUUCCUCUGCGACAGCAACCCUGACGCGGCGCGUGGGUAAUUGCCAGGAUGACCACGCCGAACAGUUCGUGGUCGGCGCCUUCACCUCACCUGCCUGCCGCGCAGCCGGCCGGCCCGGAGGAGACAGGCUUGCAUGUGAGACCCAUGGGUUUGAAGGUACACUACUCGUUCGAUCAUGACAACCAGAUGCACUGCCUGGCCCGCUGGCCGCACAUUCUGCAGGUUCAGACGGUAGCCCUCGAUGACAAAACCACCAUUGGCGUGGUAGACCUUCGGACGUGCCUGCAAGCGGUCGCCCAGAGCAGCCCCGAGAUCCUGAACCAGCAGGAGAAGGACUACAGCGUGUAUGCGUACGACUACUCCGAGACGGACGUGCCCCUGGUUGGGCAAGGCAUGUUAUCAUGGGGCCUGGACUCUCAACGCGAGUCUCAGCAACAACAAUGGGUCACCGGUCGUGUGGCACGGAACAUCUUGCCAUUCCUCAACAGCGGAAGCCGGGAUACACUGGAGGUGAAGCUGAGAUUUACGAUGGUUCCAAGGCCCGUUACUCGUCCAACUUAUCCCGGCACAGAACCCUUGAACGGGACCGUGUCUGCUUCGAUUCCCUCCGACUCCGCGUCAGAAUGGAAUACCUUCAUCCAGUCCAACCCGAUGUUGGGCCAUGCGACCCAUGUUGGCCCGGUAUCCUCGCCGGCCCUUGCCCCAGCCCAGUUGAGUCAACUCGGCAACUCGAUGAACGAGAAUAGUGCGGUACCUGCCCGGAGCAGUAGCCAAACUCCGCAUCCGAUACGGCCGACUAGUAUACCUCCUGCCAAUGCGCCGCCACCGGCGUCCGUGGCGCCAGCAACCAGGGCACCUAGCGUCGCCCCAGUCCUUCCCCGACCUCAGAGUUCUGCAGACAACGCACCUCCAUCCGCAGUUCUUCAGGCUGCGCAGGCUGCUCCUCAGGCACGCCCUUCAAGGCCUGCAUCGAGAUCCCGGAGCAAACAGCCGACUGGCAGGCCCAGAGGCCGACCGCGGAAAAGACCCUUAGAAACCGGUAACACGUCAGCAGCGGAGGAAGCUACGGACGGUGACGAAGGGGCGGGGAAGAAGAGGGCUAAAGUCACCAGAACCGAAUACAGCGCCAUUGCUCCGUUUGGCGCGGUUCCGGAAUCCCUAAGGGUGGCUGCGAGCACGUCGGGCAGCCUGCGUGCCAUGAGGCCUGUUGGGGCUGGCGGAGAUGGCCCCAAUGCCAACCACCUGCAGGAUGUUCCAAGAGCGCCUACUCCGAUUCCUGAUGGGCGCCUAUUGCAGCAGCAGCAACGAAGGAGGUUAUUGGACAACCAAUCGAGGGCCGAGUCCUUCGGUGCUGUCGAGCAGCCGGGACCUGACAGAGGUGCGGUGCAAAACCCGAGCCAGGAUGCAAGGUCGCCCGCGGACUCGAUCGCGCAGUCUCCCGAUCAUGGUUAUUCGCCAGAAGACAGCACGGGCGACUUAGGCUCGUCGCCGCCUGUUCCCCGGACGACUCCCUUCCUCAGAUCCAGCCCGCCCCCUUCGAGCCCCGUCCUCCCUACCUUACCCCUACCCGCAUCUCAUGUCGACUCUGGCUUCAUGAGUGGUGGCCUCGAGGAUUUCUUCGACGACGAGGACAUAUUGUCAGGCGUCCCACAGGACCAACAACAAGACCAGAUGCUGCCUGUUCCAUCUCCGCCGGCCGUCCGCAAGUCAAGCAACAAAAAGGACGGUCAUGCCGCACAACAACAACAUCAGCAGCAGCAGCAGCGGCAACAACAACAACAACAACAACAACAACAACAACAACAAUCCAACUUCCCGUUUCAGGAAGUCAACCCCGGGCCGCCGGAACUGUUGCCGACCAAGAGUAUUUUCAACCCUGCUGGGAAGGCCAAGGCGCUGAAUCGACACGCAUCUGCUGUCUCGGCUCAAUCCGCCCCUAAGAAAUCAGCCAACCGUUCCCUUAAGCGCGCAAACACGGCGCCAGCGCCGAUCGCUCCCGAACACGAUCUACACCCACAAGAUGACACGACGUAUCAACCGAAUGGACCCGGGUUGGCUCAGGGCCCUGCACAGUCCUAUCCAUCUCAGGAACCGAUCUCCAACGAUGUGGCGGAUUCCACUCAGCCAACGGCACACCCCGCUGACGGCGGCUACACGGAGGCUCCCCAAAAUGAACCAGCCUCGACACCUGCGGUAUCGAUGCCGAUACCGGAGCGGCCUGAACCGGAGCCUGCCCUGCCUGUACCGACGCAGCCGGUGUCGAGGCCCGCUUCGAGACCCCCUUCAAGCGGUGUCUCGGCACCGCCUGCUCCGCCCCCGACAGUCCCCGCAAACGGCUCUGCCCCGGAGCCGGCGCUGACCCUGCCGCGGCCAUUCACGUCCGAAGCACCUUGCCCGCCCAGCGACUUCGAACCCCCGCGGUACAGCAAGAACUUGGUGAAGAAGCAGUCAAUCAAGGAACGACUCGAGAUUGCCAUUGAAAAGGGAGAAUCGCCUCCGUUUUGCAACAACUGCGGCGCUAUCGAGACCCCGACAUGGCGCAAGAUAUGGACCCAGGAUCACGACGGGGUUCCUGGGUUCCAUGAGUUCUCGGACAAGCCGGGGUGCGUUACCAUGAUUGAAGUUUUGGCCAGGGACGAGAAUGAACAGCCCUCCAGGUAUCGGAUGGUGAAGAAAAAUCUGGGCCCUAAGGACGACAAGAAGCAGUGGACGGAGACCAUCUUAUGCAAUCCUUGCGGAAUUUGGCUGGGGAAGUUCAAGGUCCACCGGCCACCUGAUCGAUGGGACAAGGACUUCGCUCGGCUCAACCAACCGCGCAAGAAACGCGAACCGAAGAGCAACAAUCCACGGCCUAAGAAAGCGCGCUCACGCAGCGACGCUCAAGUGAAUCCCACUUCAGAGGCGUACCUCACCACGGAUCCAAUUGGCCCGCCGGGCAACGACUCGCCAAAGGGGAAUUAUGAGAACGGAACGGAGUUGGGACAGCAUGACCUGGCUAUGAAUAAUGAAAGGCCUUUAAACUCGCGGAGCUCCCCAAGACAGCGCUUGCCGGGAUCGACCCAUUCGAGGGGCAGUGGAACUGCGGACAGCCCCAUCGCGGUUGAAGACGAUCUCGGCAGCACAAGGAGACUGCUUUUCUCCGCCCCCAGGAGGGACGGGGUGCCCAAGGUGCUUGGGGAGCUUUCGCUGAACUCAGUCCAGACAACCGCGCUCGCCCCGGAGGUCAAGUCCGCAGCGGUAGGGGGAGAGAACACUUCGGUCAGGGAUCGCCCUGGCACCCCGACCAGAGGCCACGACGACCUGGAGCAGGAGCUCUUUGGCACCCCUCCCCAACGCCCGUCCACGCCACCUCUCCAGAGCGCUCCAGGGCCGUUCAAGACACCGACCCGCUCGACGCCAAGCCACCGGCCCAUUACCCGAAGCAUCUCGCGCUCGAUCCGGUCCAUCCGAAGCAUUCCCAAAUCGCCCGGCCAGCUCUUGGCCGCUGCCCACCUCCAGCGAACGCCUUCCAAGACGCCGCGCUCGUCGGCUGGCGGACUCGGGCCCGGCAGCACCGGCAACCACAAGCGUCGCACCCCCCGUAGCGGCACAACCCAUCAGCACGCGCAAUUUGCCCUUGACGCGCAGGAGCAAGGACACCAGUCGCAGAUGCUAGACAUGUCGUUCGAAUCGCCCUUCAGCGCGACGCUGCAUCAGCUACUGAGCGAGGCCAACGAGUUCAUAGCCGGCUCGCCCUCUGCGAACGGCGCUGGGCUGCUGACGGACGACCUCGAUCUGAGCACGAUCGCGACGCAGCUGGACGCCGCGGAACAGAACGGGCAGGCGGUGGGUGCGGCGAGCGGGGUGGACUUCGGCAGUUUCCUGAGCACGGAUGUGGUCAUGCCCAGCAGUCCACCGCUCAUCGGUGACGUGAGGAGUGGGAGUGGGAAUGCGCCCGACCGGCUUGGCCGCGCGCUGCACUGACCCGUGGGCUUGUCGUAAUCAUGCUAUGUGUGGAGACUCACAGCGAGAUGAAAGUGAGGGUGACGUGUGAGGGUUGGGACUUUUGGGGCUUCGUGGGACUCUCGUUUCCAUAUUUGGUUUGUUUUGACUGGUUUUGGUAUUCUGGC